AUGGAUCAGCCGGGGGACUCCCUGUCGUAUGAAGCCAUUCGGGAAUGCCUGCGGACGAGCAGCAGCUAUGACGUGUCGGUGAGCAAGUACCACAAGGCGGUGAAGUGUAGAGAGGGGCGGAGGGGGCGUCCGGCCGCAGAGGGGGUAACGAAGAGCGCGGAAAGGGAGACGCAAAAAAACGCGCAAAAAAAUGCAGAGAUGGGCGCAGAGAGCGGCGCGGAGAAGGAGGCGCGCCAGCCCCCCGAAAGAACCCCCGCGUACAGCCUGUUCGACAUGAACGUGCUGACCCUGUACGACGAGCUGCUGGACGUGUUCCGCUACAACCACUUCGACAUAAAGAAUUGCAACUUCACGUUCACGAAGAUAAGCAAGAACAGCUACCAAGGGUGCGUGCUGGUGUGGUUCGUGCUGAACGGGGGUGAAACGGGGGGGUCGAUGCGUUUGGGGGGAGGUAGGGAAGUCGAAGGGGGGGAAUCGAGUCGAUUUGUGAGGCGGCGAGGGGGGGGCGCGGAAGGAGCGGAAGGAGCGGAAGGAGCGGAAGACGGAGGAGAAAACGAAGACGGCGAAGAAGACAACGCCCCAAUCCUACGGAAAGGCAACACCCUGCACAGCCUGAAGGUGAAAGGAAACAGAGUGUCCAACGUGAAGGAGGUGCUGAAGGACACGUUCGACACGCUCAUCUUUUUUAUGAUCGACAGGUACAAUAUUAAACUGAACAUAAAUCACUCCUAUAGAGUGAAGGAGACAUGCAGCUACGCAAUUACAAAUGAAGAGGUUUAUAAAUUUCUGCAAAAUGACAACUACUUUAGAAUCGAUUUGAACAAACUCCAUUACGACGUAAAUGAUUACUCCUUCGUCUUCGGAAUGAAGAUCACGCAGUUUGUGGAUUUCUUUAAGCACAUAAAACACAUCCGCUCGUGUGCCUAUUUGAUCUCCCUUCUUGUGAGGAUCAUUGCAGAUAAGAACAAAAUCCACAAGUACAGCUCGCAACUUUUCUUUUGCAAACGAAAUGAUGAGUGCAUCUGCAAUUUGUAUAUGAGUUUUGUGAAACAGGACCAGGAGAGUUUCCAGAAGAUUUUUUUUAAUAGCAAAUUGGUGAGCAUGCAGAAUAUCAUUCCGUCCAAGGUGUCUCUCAUUGAGGAGGUGAAGAAGAAGAUAAUCAAGAGGCGCGACUUGGCCUACCCCGACGAGCUCGUCAUAUGCUCCUUCGUCAAGUCCUUCUACACCUUCCGGUCGGCCGCGCGCGCGGUCGCGGGGCAGACACAGGGGGGAGAGGCGAACAAGGAGAAGUGGGCGAGCGAGGGGAGCGAGAAGAAGUGGACGAACCCGACAAAUGAGGUCAACUCGACGAACGAGGUCAACUCGACGAACGGGGCCAACUCGAUGAAUGGGGCCAACUCGAUGAAUGGGGCCAACUCGACGAACGGGGCGAACGACGCAGUCGAUGCCGUCGACUCGGUCGACACGAGCGACACCGUCGAGGGGGGGGACUCCAGCGAGGCCAGCCCCCCGAGCGACCGUAGCCGCAGUAGCCACACCAGAAACAGUAGCCAGACCGACGGGACCUCCCAAACGAACAACCCGCACGACGGCAGCGUCAUCCUGGAGGACCCGCCCUUCACGAGGAACCCCCCGCCAAGCGCCCACACGGCAGACGCAGGGGACGUCGCGCACGACCACAUACUCAUAAACGACAGCACCACGAGUGACCAAGACAGUAGUAAAAAGGGGGCACCGCCAAGACCUCCUUCUAGAGCCAUCCCAAAAGGAGGCGCAAAGACGUUCCUGAGGUACUCCACGAGGAGUUGCACAAAAAAUGAAAUGAUAGGAAGCGUCUCCAACUCGGUUCAUCUCAACAGGGGGGAGAAAAUCAAAAUGGCGGAUAGUUACUGUGGCAACGUGAUGGAUGGCUACUCUAGCAAAGUGAUGGAUGGCUACUGUGGCAACGUGACGGAUGGCUACUCUAGCAAAGUGACAAGCAUGGCUAGCCAGAGUUUUCCGAACGGGGGGAGGAGUUACUUGCAGGACCCCUCUAGAAAGACCAGGAGGUGUAACUUGAGCAACAGGAGGAGCUGCUCCAUCUUUAGGGUGCACAGCGGUGCGAGUGGCCUCGUCUAUAGCAACAGGGGGGAGGUCCCCUUUCUGGGCGCCAUGCGGGGGGGGCCACACUCGCGGUCGCGCGGGUUGCAUCACAUACGCGGGCAGAUUCACUCGCGCGGGUUGCAUCACUCGCGUGGGUUGCAUCACACACGCGGGCAGAUUCAUUCUAUAUCCCAAUCGCUGUCCCAAUCGCUCUCCCAAUCGCUCUCCCAGUCGCUGUCCCAGUCUCAAAUGAACAAGGCGCUGGACACCUUCCUGGAGACGAAAAAUGAGCACCAGUUGGGGAGGAGCAGGCGGACGGUGGACGAAUCCAUUUUGGGGGUGCAGAAGAGGGGGCGAGCGACGCCCGAAUAUCUUGCCGCAGACAGGAGCCACCACUCGCUGGACGAGAAGGAACUCAUCGUGAUUGACCCGGAGGAGAGCACGUGCGAGGAGAGCUCGAACGGGGUGCCGCUGGAGGGGGAGCAGCCAACAAAUGAGCAGCCAACGGGUGAGCAGCCAACGGAUGAUCUUCCCACAAACGAUCUGCCUACAAUCGAGCCAGCAACAAAUGAACCGCCGACAAACGGGGCAGACGACGGCGCGACCACCACCCACACGGAAAUCUACCAGGCGAGGGGGAACAGAACUGAAAAGGGGAUGGCGCCCAAGAGGAACAGCCACGACGAGGGAGCGCCCCCCCAUUGCGGCGCCAUGAAGAGGCGGAAGACCAACGGGGCGUUCGGCGUGAGCGAAAGCGGCAGUGCGAGCGGGAGUAGCAGCGGGGGGAGCGACGAGACGGCCGCCCCUUCCAAGGGCGUGGGUGGCCAGAAGAAAUUGCACCAAAGGGGGAAGGUGGUGUCUGAAUACGUCCUAAGGAAGGCGAGCUUGAGACAGAGCCCAUACCAGGCGCACAGCAGUAGGGGCAUGGGCCGGUGGGGUAACAGGCGCGCUGCAGAGGAGGAGAGGGGGGUGGAGGACAAGGGGGAGCAGAUCCUGGAUGGCAAGAGAGAGAGGGGGGUGAAUCUGUAUUUGGAUGGCGGUAGGAGUGGCAGAAGCGUUAGGGGUUCGAGGUGCGAUAGGGGGGGGAGGAGCAUCAGGAACGGUAGGAGUAUCGUCGGAGGUGAUGAGGAUGAUCGACGCGGGGACGACGCAAAGUGCGGCGCCCAUAAAAAGGAGGAGAAGCAGAAAGGCAGCCCCGAGUGCUACCUGUCGCCCCGCUCGCCCGUCUCGAAGAACAGAUCCUGCGGGUUUUGCAGCGAGGAGAGGGGCACCGCCGAAAGGGGUACUGAUCACAAGGUAGACGCGAUGGUUGGAAGGGGUGUAAUUGGGAGUGGCGCGAUUGGACGGGGCGCGGCUGGCCAGGCUUCGCCCAACGCGCGGGGGGAAGGCUCCCCCGGGGGAGGCCCUGCGCGGCGGGGGCCCCUCACGCGAACGAAGUCGAAACGGAAGGCAGCGAACGGAGGAGACUGCCCCACCGAUGAGCCAGAAGAGACGCAAGAAACGCCCAACGAAGAUUACCAGAACAAGUACGUCAGCAGUAAGGAGCAGUCCGUGGUGGGCACCCAGGACGACCAGGCCUUCACCAAAAAUGAGUUCCUCACCGAAGAGGAAAAAAAAGAAAUGCAUAACAUCCACAUUAUAAAAAAAAUGAACGAGAAUUUUUGCUAUUUAAAUAGCAACGACAAGCUCACUGUCAUUAAGAUUCUGUGUAGCUACAGGAGCUACUUGAAGAAGAUUUUAUAUUACGAGCAUAUGAGGCAGGACUACUCGUUCGAGGUGGAGACCUGCGUCUUUUACCUUGACUAUAUAAGUUGCGCCGGGGGGGGAAGCGGAAUGGGGGGUGGAGGCGGAGUUACGGGCGGGGGAAGCGGUGUUGCAGGCGGAGGGGGAGCCGCAAACGGAGACGUAGUUGCGAGCGGAACGGGGAGCGACCGCAGCGGGAGCGCGCGCAGCAGUGAUGACAGCGCCCGCCGGGGCCGGGGAGGGCGCUGCGGCAGGAGAGGCAGGCGCCGCGCCCACCACGGAACGGGUUACACGAAGGAGAGCUCGCAGGGAGAGGACCACACGCAUCCCCCCCCUGCCCAAGUGCACCACGAGGAAGGCAGUCACCCCAAUCCCAUCUUCAGCAAAGAGGAGGAAGACGGGAAGAAGCAAAAGCUUAUAAACAAAAUAAAUUACUUCGGAAAUAAGAUCGGGGCGUUAAAUCAAAUCAUCUGCACGUACACACACAUCAACGCGACUUACAUCGAGCAAAUAAAGAGGUACCUUUCGCUAACUGAGUGUAUUAAGAACUUCCCCUGCAGCUUUUAUUACGAUGAAUUUGCUUCGGAGAACGAGGAGGAGGAGAUGCCCUCGAGGGGGGCGCUCAAGCGAGCGGUCAACGGAGCUGUUAGCGGCGUGCCUGGGGGUGACGCCUGGCGCGACGGGGUGGACCACGUGUACCAGGACGUGGUUAGCCAGAUGCGCAGCGACGUAGUCAGCCAGAUGCGCAGCGUCGCUGUGAACCCAAUGCACAGCGUUACUGCUAGCCACACCGCUGGCCACACUGCUAACCGCAUUGCUGGCCAAAGCGCAGGAGCCGAGCGCCCGAGGAACCUCCCCGAAGACGCGCGGACGGCACCCGCGCAGCGCUUCCCAUACCAAGGGGGGCACCCAAGCGAGAAACUCCAAAACAAGAAAAAGGGAGAGGGACUUACCAGUUGUAGGUUCGAACCCAUAAGUCACGGGAAAGGAGCAGCAGGCCAUCGCUACACCACUUUGGAAAAACAAAACAGAUGCAAGAGCAUCAUUAAAACGCCUUUCGCUGCGUAUGUGAGGGAGAUUAACAAGCCAAACGAGAAUGAUAAGGGUGCCGCUGAGAGGAACCUAGGGAUGCUUGGAGGAGACGGGAAGGACAGUGGAAGGAGAGUCCUGCACGCUAACUUUCACUCCCACCCGAUCAACAAGAGUGCCUUAAGCUGGGAGGGUAAGUGGAAGAAGGGCACCCUCGAGGGGGGUUACCAAGUCAGCACAGAAGUCAGCACAGCUGGCCCCGCGGGCGGGCGUCACCUACCCAGUGGAAGACGUGACUACCGGACGAUGCGGGGGGCGACCUCUUUCGGCAGAGGUGCCCGGCUGAGUCGCAGCGCCUUUUACAAUUAG